AUGUUACUGCUUGAAGACUUCUUUGAUUCUGCAUUGGUGAUUUGCAAAUGCUGUAAUGAAGGGGAGAAAGAGCUAGUGAAUUUAUUUUUGCCUGAACUGGGGCGCUUAGUGACAGAAGCAAAUCUUUGCUGUGCUCUGCAUCUGGAGGCCUUGAGGACCCUCAACUCUAUACUUGACAAUAUCCCACGGGAGGAGAGAAAGAAGUUCCCUCUCUCUGAGGAGAUAUGCUCGCUCACGAAAGACCUUGCAAAAACUAUACUGGAAGUUGGUGAUUAUGACCUUCAGGUUGCCCUUUCAGAAGCACUUUGUAGGUUAAUGAUAAAAAAAUGGAGGGAUGACCUUGUUCACCACUGGUUUGAAGAUAACUAUCUUGCUGAAGCUUUCAAAGAGAUCAAGGAUCGAGAAUUUGAGACGGAUUGUAGGAAAUUUCUUAAUCUACUGAAUGAAAGACUUGGAGAUAAAAGAAGGGUCUACUCAUUUCCUUGCAUAUCUGCUUUUGCUGACAUGAAUGAGGUCAAGAAGCCAUCGGAUGAGAAACUGGAGGAGUUUUGGAUUGACUUCAACGCUGGCAGCCAGAGUGUGACUUUCUAUGUGGAUUGUGAUGAGGGAGCUCUCUGGGACUCUGUGAGGCUGUCAAAAGAAAAUGUCAACAGCUACAGUGUGAAGGAGAAGGAUGGAAAAAAGAUUGUUAAAAUUUUUAUGAAGAUACCCACUUCUCUUCACAAAAGAGAAGCAAUAAAAGUCAAACUGGUUUUCAGUGAUGAGUUUGAGAUAUUAAGUGUACUUAGAAAAGUCCUGGGAGAUGAAAGACUGAUGAUACUUGAGUCUGAAGAUGAGAUUGUCCAUUCUGGGAAGGAAGCCAUGCAGAAUGAAGCAGAAACACCUGUGCCCUCUAAUCCACAGAGGAGGAAAGAUCCUUCAAACUCUGAGACUCAUAAAGACAAUUUAACCUCUCAGCACAAACAGCAGUUAACAGGGACAAAAAUGGUCAACUCUGGUGUUGCCAUGGUUACAGUGAGCCAGCAGACUGACCUGGAAGAUACUAGCCAAGAAAAAAACUCCAAAACUCCAUCUUCAGGGAUGAAAGCUAAGCCUAGUGAGAAGCCCCUAGAAGAAGAACCCAUGGAUGAGCAGACACCCAAGAUCCUGCAGCUCUCUCCUUUUCCAAAGGAUGUUACCAGCAAAAAGAGAAACAGGAGAACGAGUUUGGCCAAGAAGAGGGCUGAAAGCAGGGAGGAAGUCUAUGAAUUUGAAAACUCAGACUCCUCAAGUCGUGAAAAGGUUGCUGAAGCCAAAGGAAAGAUUCUUGCCCAGAAAACUUCUUCACAAAGUCAGAGGACUUAUGAAACAAGAAGCAAGAGCAAGGAGUCAACCAAUCUUAAGAGAAGGCAGUCCAGUUACAGGAAACACCUUUUCUCUGAAAGUAACAAUGAAAACACAAGCCCUGAUCAGAGUGAGAAAAGCUGGAUCCUUGACUCUCAGAUACAGCCAGUGCCAAAAUCUGUUGACUAUACCCGAAAAAGACCCAGGGUGAGAAAUAAUUUAAAAGUGCUUCCAGUAUCUUCUGCAAGUAGUGGCAGCGACUACGAGUCAAAGAAGGAGGGAGAAUCAAGGCAGAGAGCUCAAAAGGAGAUGCUAAGGAAAAAAAGCACAUUUGGCUCCAAGGAAGAUGAUUUACCCACAGUGAAUCUUGCUGAUGAAACGCUCUCAGAUGAUCUUGGAGGGAGUCCACAGCUACUUGGUGUGUCUGCCAGGAGCCCUUCCAGUGAUGUGGAGAAAGCCACACAGAAAUUUCAUGGUACUCCGGGCAAAUUAUCAAGAGAGGAAGAAAGUAGCAAGCGGAAGGACUCAGAUAUACUGAGUGGCACUACCAUAAAAAAACCUAAAUUUUCUAGUUUGGAGAAAAAUCACUUGCCUGCCGAGAUUAACCAUAUACCAAAGAAAAUUUCUGAUUCAGUAGAAGAGGAAGUGGAGAUCCAGAAAGGUCAGGAAAUGGACAAUAGCCUAGAUGAUGUGUUCUUUUCCAAGAUGCUCCACGAAGACUUGAGUGAUUCAGGAGUGAUUUUUGCCUUUGAAAGCUUUAUUGACCAACUGAAGAAAUUGUUCUGGUCCCGGUACAAAAGGAUUGAGAUCAACACACAGGAUGCCCUGAGAUCUUCAGAGAAGAACUUGUCUGCCCUGCUGAACCAGAUACAUAAGUGCAGGCUGAAUAAAUUUGAGACCUUCCAGAAGAUUGUUGUUGAAGAGCUUGCCAACCUUGAGAAGGAAACCCAAAUUCUGGCAGCCAUGGAGAAGGAAGCACUGGAUUUCUGGAAUGCGCAGCUGCUCAAACUGAAUACAUUCUACAACCAGCAAAAGGAAAGAAUUGAAUCAGUUGACUCAGCCCUGGGUGAAACAGCAAACAAUUUUGCCGAUGCUGUCCAGAAUACAACGUACGAACACUCAGUGAAGAAGGCAGAAGAAAACGUGUUUGUUGUUCCUUCUGACUAGCAAGUCCCUGAACUCAUUAUUGCUCAUGGCAUUUGAGCACUUUGUGUGCAGCAUAGAGAAGAUGGUUCUGUGAAGUAUGUUAGUCUAUUUUAAAUGAAAGAAAAAAGAGGAGGAAAAAGCAUUAUGUUGAGCC